AUGAAUGGUGCAAUUCGUGUGAUGCGUUCCCGCAUUGCGCAUGUGGGAAGGGGUAUUUCACAGCCAACACCAUAUGGGAAACGCAUGGACAGAUUAUCGAACCGAAUAUUCAACGAGGUGGUAAGACCGACCGAUACGAGAAGUAUGAAAGUGGUGCGCGUCAUGAGUGCUGAACCGUUGGAGCAACGUGACGACAAAUCGGUGGGAUAUUUCCCGAAUCAACCAAUGUUUCAUUAUCUCACAAAAAUGUUACGUUUUCAUGGACUCUUCUUUGAUGACCACGUCGUGUUCAGGCAAGUUCAGGAUGAACUGAAAUUGUUACGCGGUAAAGUCGUGCGUCCAGCAAUAGGGCAGGGCAAACGUGCUCAACUCCGAGGAAGGAAGUAA